CAAACCUCAAAGCAUUGCAACAACUGCAGAUCAGAGCCUCUUUUCAUCAAAUAUUGUCUGCCUUUUCAGUCCUUCUCUUCCUCCACAUCUUGAUUAUUUUUCUAUUGCAUUGAUUUUGCAAAGUACAUUUAUUACAACAACAUGCAGAGACAACUAGCCAACAUGAAGCAGUCACUUUUUGAUCAGGGAUAUUUGGAUGAACAAUUUAUUCAACUGGAAGAGCUGCAGGAUGAUGCAAAUCCGAAUUUUGUGGAAGAAGUUGUUACAUUGUACUACCGUGACUCGGCUCGACUCAUCCACAAUAUUGAACAAGCCUUGGAGAAGAACCCUCUUGAUUUUGGUAAGCUGGACAGCUAUAUGCAUCAGUUCAAGGGCAGCAGCUCCAGCAUUGGAGCGAAAAAGGUGAAAAUUGAGUGCACACAGUUCAGAGAGUACUGCAGAACUGGAAACGCAGAAGGAUGCAAGAAAACAUUCCAACAACUGAAGAAAGAAUACGCCACCCUCAAAAAGAAACUAGAAGUUUACUUCCAGGUUGCAAGACAAGCUGGUCCUGUGGAGAAGGCAUGUCGCCCCAAGUAAUUUAAGUGUGUGGUCCUGUAUACAUCAAUGGGCUUUCAUGAUUUUUGUAGCAAUAUUCUCAUCUCUCUCCUCGUCCUCUCUCUCUCUCUCUCUCUAGCUACAUAUAUAUAUAUAUGCUAGGCGUGUAAUCGUUAUGAUAUAUAUAUCCUUCUCCGAUGUAAUAAAGAGAAGGGUGUUUUUGUGUUUGGGGGUACGUACUAGAUUUGAUCGAUGCUCUUGUUGUUCA